CGGUGACGGUUGACAGUCGGCGGUUGGCAGCAACGGCUGAAUUCAAAUCAGAGCAGAUUUUAAGUUUUGUUGAUUUAAAGUGAAGAAAUGUGAUGAAAUAAUGGCGCCUGUUGUGUCAGAAUAUCGCUGAACGACGUGUUUCUGUUGUUUUUCCAUUCUCCCGUCGACUGUUUACUUUUCAAGCAUGGAUGCCGAGGGCCCUCAGGCCCUGUGUGACCUCUGCUUGGCUCAGGUGUGCCGAAGCCUGGACACUCUGUGCAGCAGGCGAGCAGACGGCUCCAUGCGCCUCAGCUGGGCCCCAGUCUUCCCACAGGAGAUGGUUGACCAGUUGCUGUGUAAGAUGGCAACUAAAGGCAUACUGAAUGACACAACUGUUGGGAUUUUCCGAAACUGCAAAGAGCUCCGCCUGCGCAGAGCCUCCAUCCGCUGCUGUCCAGUGUCUGCAGAAGCUUUUCUCCUGGCCCUCUGCCCCCACCGCCUCCAGGAACUAGAUGCCUCCUGGGUGUCUGGAGGCCUCACAGGAGCUAACAUCGUCUCAGGCCUGGCCUCUAACCCAGAGUGCAGAUCCAGCCUGCAGAGGCUGUCCCUCAGUGGGCUACAAUUGGACUGGGAGUCUCUGGGGGAGGAUGGAGGGACCCGUGUUGGCUUCAGCUCCCUGCAGGCCUUGAGGACACUCAACCUCUCCAGCACAGACUUGACUGAUGCUGUUCUUGAAGAUAUCUGCUCUCUCCCUCAGCUGGAGACCCUGGAUAUCUCCCGCAGUGCCGUCUCAAAACUUACAGCACUCCUUAAUUGUAAGAGCACCCUGAGAUCCUUGAUCGCCCACCGGCUGCGGCAGCUAGAUAUGUCGCCCGCCAGAUUGCUCUUUGUCUUCAGCCAGCUUCACGCUCUCAGGCAUCUAGACUUUUCAGAUGAUCACAUAACUGUGGAUGACAGUAACGGGGGAGAUGGGGACGAGACAGUGCGGCAGCUUCUGGAGGGGAGUCCCCAAGUCCUCCCAAAUCUUGUCUCUCUAGAUAUCUCUGGACGGAAGAGAAUCACUGAAGCAGCGGUCAGAGCAUUUGUGGAGGCCAGGGAUGGACUGGUCUUCUUAGGCCUGCUAGCCACUGGGGCUAGCUCCUGUGAGGUCCUGUCUUCACAGAAUAACCUAAAAGUAACCGGAGAGGCUAAUGAGAACCAGGUGUGCGAGGCCCUGCGAAGGUACAGAGACCACGAGUGUUUUGUACGAGAAGCCCUCGUCCAUCUCUACAAUCUGAUCACUGACGUUGACAAACCACGACCAGAUAUGCUAAAGCUGGUGCUGAGUGGGAUGCAAAGCCACCCCACCUCCCUACAUGUCCACCUGGUGGCCACAGCGUGCGUGUUCAACCUGACCACUCAGGACCUGGCAGAGGCCAUGCCCGUCAGCCUGCUGAGCUCCACUGUCACCCAGCUGCUGCACUCUAUGAAAACCUUCCCCAACCACCAGCAGGUGCAGAAGAACUGCCUGCUGGCGCUCUGCAGUGACUACAUCCUUGAGGAUGUCCCCUUUGACAAGUAUUUAGCAGCCAUGCUGGUGAUUAACUGGCUGAGCAGCCACGAGGAUCCUACCCUUCAGAGGAUGGCUGUGGCUGUCAUCUCCAUUCUGGUGGCCAAGCUCUCCCCGGAGGAGACCGCUCGGCUCGGCGAGGACAUCUUUAUUAUGAAGCAACUGCUGGCUAUUGUGCAGCAGAAAGCCAUGGUAGUAGUAGUGGACACUACUCUGAAGUUUGCCCUGAGUGCUCUGUGGAACCUGACAGAUGAGAUGCCCACCGCCGCUCGCAAUUUCAUCGACUGCCAGGGCCUGGAGCUGUACGAGGAGGUUCUGGAGUCGUACUACACAGAGCCCUCCAUUCAGCAGAAACUUCUUGGCCUCCUGAACAACAUAGCAGAGGUGGAGGUGUUGCAGGCGGACCUGCUGGAGGAGGACCUGCUGGAGCACAUCCUCAGCCUGCUGAAGGACUCCCAUGUGGAAGUGGGGGUCCGUUACUUUGCAGGAGGGAUUCUGGCACACCUCACCUCCAGACCUGAGGCCUGGACCCUGGGCGACGAGCUCCGCAGCACCAUACUGAAGCAGCUGCAUGCUUCCAUAAUAACGUGGACUCAACCGGAGAGAGAAAUGGUCUCUUACAGGUCUUUCCAUCCAUUUUACCCUCUGCUCCAGACUUGUCAGCCCUCAGGAGUGCAGCUGUGGGCAGUCUGGGCCAUACAUCUGGUCUGCAGUCAAAACACUUCACAUUACAGCAGCAUGCUAGAGAAGGAGGGCGUGACUGAACUUCUGAAGGCUUUGGCCGCCCAUCCCAGCACACACAGCGACAUUAAAGGACUAUCCAACAGGAUCUUACAGAUGGUAGAGCAACACCAGGGUCGCUCAGGGACAAGCAAGAAGCAGGCGGAGUCAUGAAACCCUUGAUAAGAGAACAAAAUAAUUGUAUUUAUUUGUUUUGUCAGUGAGCUGUGCCUAAAGUGUGUUAGAUGUGAGGUAUUAAAGUACAGACAGUUCCUUUGAAUAAAUUAUGUAUUGUAUAUUUCAUAGUA